AUGCUCCUGAGGGAAUUCUUGACGCUGCACGUUGCUCCACUUCAGGCACUUUUGUGCCUCUUGGUCGGGGGCAACCAAGAGUACCCGCCGAGCGUCUUCGUUCCCUUGUUCCGUCGCAGCGACUGGGAGCAGAUCGUGGCUUCCAGGGCGACUUUUGACGGUCGCGGGCUGGUGCCGCCGGUGCGUACCGGGGCCCCUGCGGCGCCGAAGCAUGUGGAGCUAUCUUCUGAUGAGUCCCACGGUGAGGAAGAGGGGGAGGAGGAAGACUCGGCGGUGACCCCUGAAGGGAUGAGGGAGACUGCCCCCUUGAGCAAAGCUGACAUCCUCCGCGCCCUUCCUGACGAUGCCGAGGCCGACGCCCGGCCGCUGCCUUCGGCGAAGAAGAGUAAGGAGGAUGCAGCGGCCACGCCCCCCUCCGCUAAGAAAGGAGGCGACAGCACUCGCACCUCCCCGGCCCGGUCGCCCUCGCGAGACCAGGAGGUGCGUCGUCACGAGGAGUCAGCCCCCGAUGUCCCGCUGGCUCCGGAAGUGCCGAUGUUCGGCUCGGCUGCCGAGGUCCCAAAGGCUCAGGAGCCCUUGGUCUCCCAGGCCCUGGUGACGGUGUCGCCUCCUUCUCCUGCCGCGCCAUCGUUCCCAGGUUCUUCUGCCUCCUCCACUGUCUUGGAGCGUGCCCUUUCAGAGAUGACCCGGCUGCGGGAAGAUCUCCUGGGCGAGGAUCCGCGCCUGGCCGCAACGGUCUCCGAGGCGGCGCUGAAGGACGCCAAGGCCGCCCACGAACGCUGCCGGGCGCUGGAGGACGAGCUGAAGGGCCUACGCGACGAGCACGUAGAAGAAGCUCAUGGCCGCCGGGUGAAGGAGGAGGAGAUGAGGGCUCGGGAGGACGCCAUCAAGAACCGCAACGCCGAGCUGGCGAAGACGCAGGCUGCCGAACAUGGCCGGCUGGAGGAGCUGGAGCGGAAGGUGGAGGUGAAGAAGGUCGAUCUUGACGCCAAGGCGAAGAUCCUGGCUGAGGACCGUGCGGCCUUCGCGCUUCUCGAGAAGAGGUCCCGCGAGGCUCUAAAAACUCGUCUUGACGAGCUACUGGAGACGGUGGCUGAUGAACACUGCACGGCUACUGCCGCAGCCGUGAAAGGUCAGGUGGAGGCUCUGCUGAAGAAGUUCCGCGGCUUCGCUUCCGCGCCUUCGACCGGAAGUGCCGCCACUCCUGCAGCUCCGGCUGGUGACCAAGACGAAGGUGACAUCAUCAAGGGAGUAGUGCCUCUCGCGGGCGUCGAUGGUGUUCAGGGAUGA